ACAUAUAAAGCCUUAUGUGUUUUGAGUUGUGACAAAUGUUACAUAGUCGUUUUGACUUGGGCAUUUUAAGACGUUCGUCAAUACGUUUAAAGAAAUGGUUGGGAAGAGUUUAUUGAUUGUAGGCUGUGUAUAUGUCCUUUGUGUUUGUUGUGAAGAACAAGAAUCACAUCAUCGGGACAAAAGAGGGCAAGCCGAACAUAAUUGCUGGCACAAGUGUCCGGGAGGCGACUCCAAUUGCCAAUUGAUUGACGGCUGGUAUAGAUGUGUCUGUAGCCGCCCUGGUUUAACGCGAUACUGUGAAGAUAUUGAUUGCUCAUGGUCUGGACAUUGUGCAAAUGGUGGCACGUGUGAAAACGUAGCAAAUCUACUUUACACGUGCGUUUGUCCUUCCGGUUGGAAAGGCAGCACAUGUUUAGAAAGAGACUGUAACAGCGGCCUGUACUGCAAGAACGGAGGUACAUGUAACACUGUAACUGGAGGUCAGGGCUAUGUGUGCACAUGCCAGAGCGGAUGGACAGGGGCAAACUGUACAUUGAUUGACAUCGAUGAGUGUGUGAGUUCUCCCUGCGUAAAUGGCUGGUGCUCUGACCGGUUGAACGGGUACACGUGUCACUGCGAACCAGGCUACACCGGUAUCCAUUGUGAACAAGAUAUUGACGAGUGCAAGUCCGGUCCAUGCGGAGUUCACGGCACGUGUCACGACCACGUGAAUGCCUUCUCAUGCACGUGCAGUGCAGGGUUCACAGGGAGCCUGUGUGAGAAAGACAUCAACGAGUGCCAGAGUUCUCCCUGUCAGAAUGGUGGGACCUGCAUAGACAAAGUGAACAUGUUUGAAUGCGCAUGUGCCGAUGGAUACUAUAACCUGCAGUGUGAAACAAAUAUCUGUCAGCCCACAAUGGCGGACGUGAUAUUCCUCCUUGACUCAUCUGUCAGCCAGUCCCGCGACCAGUUUAUCAGACAGCUAGAUUUCGUCACCCAGUUCAUAGAUCACGUGGUUGUUGGGAAGGAGAACUUUCAGUUCGCAGUCGUCACGUUUUCCUUCGAGGCGAAAGUCGAGAUAAGAUUGGCCGACUUCAUCGACAACGUCACUCUGAAGGAAGCCGUUAGGAACAUUCCAUUCCGUCCCGGAGGAACAUUCACACACAAGGGUUUGCAGACGGUGUCGGAACUUGUCGCUAAUUAUUCCUCCGCAAGACCAUUCAACCAUUCUGCCCGACGCUAUGUGGUUCUCUUGACGGACGGAAUGUCGAUCAACAGGGCAGAAACGAAAAGGGUUGCAGAAAGUCUGAAACAACAGAUCUUUAAACUGAUAGCCAUUGGGGUCGGUCCCGAGGUAUCCCAUCGAGAGUUGCUGGAUAUCGCGUCUCUAGGCGACAAGAGGACGCCCAAUUACGUGUUCGCCGUCAGCAACUUCGAUGCCCUCUUCACCAUCGUGGCGCAGCUCGUUCAUCUCACUUGUCAAGAAUGCACUUGGGACACGUCAACAGAUGUGGUGUUUCUAAUUGAUAUGUCGACGGGGAUGUCGCAGGUGGACGUGGACCUCGGAAUCGACUCGAUGACGUAUUUGCUGAACAGACUUCUGAACAUACGCUACAAUACGACUGUACGGGCCGCUCUUCUAUCCUACGGAAAUGAGUUCCGCGUUCACCGUACACUGGAUGAACCCAUGGAGUCACUACGAGAUUAUAUACAGAUACUGACUGUGCCUAAAUAUUGUGACGCAAGUGGUGACGACGAUUGUGACGUCAUUAGAAGUCUGUCAGGAGCUUUCGCUCACUUGAAUACAAGCAUGUUUAAAAACAAUGAAAAUAAUACUCGGGAGGUCAUCGUGAUGAUCAGUAAUGGCAAGCACGACAUUGACACUUCAGUCAGGAAACUGGCCAACGAAUUAGUCCGUACAGGAAAGAUAGUGCUUGCGAUAGGAGUCGGGGAUAUUUGGAAGGUCGAUUCCUUCAAGCAGAUUGUGAAGGAACCUUCUCACAUCUACACCGUAGAGUCGAAGGAAUCUGUGAACGUGCUGGACUCUGCUAUGACGGAGAUUGUAUACAGCUCGUGCGCGCUUUCAAAUGAUUUUAAUAAUAAACCAUAACAUUUAUUCUAUUUGAUAACGCUUGAAAAGUUUAAGUAACCAUGUUGUACAUAAAAUAAAUGUAAUCAAUUUAUUAAACUAGCAUGUUGGAACAA